AUUUAGCCAGUGUACUCGAGCGGUGCAAAAUGACCUGCAGUCUAAGAAUCUAGAAGAGAUCCCAGAGGAUGGAAAUGAACUGAUAACCUCGUCCCGCAAUUCAGUAGCUGCUACAAAAACCCUGGUAACUAGUAAUCCUGGUAACCCUGGUAACUGAUAAUGAAAACUAACGUGGUAGUAGCAGGCUCUGUAGCAGUGCUGUUUCUGGUCCCACUUGCUCUGCUCUGGUACCGUGGGAGGAAACAGGGGACAGGAGGGAGGAGGGAUCGUAUGGAUGAGAGGCAACAUGUCAAGAAGAACAAAGAUAAGAUAGUUAGAACCACUACUAUCGAGAAGGAGGAUGUUAGGUUUGUGAUCGGUAAGAGAGGCUGCGUUAUUAAAGACAUUGAGAGUCGGUGCGGAGUCAAGAUCUCCUUCCCAGAAGACAGUAACCCUGGUAACUGUAACCCUGGUAACUGUAACCCUGGUAACACGUCUCAGAUAGUUGAAGUUAAGGGAGACUGUAACGAUGAUAUAACAGAGGCAAUAGAGAUGGUCCAGGAAGCGUGCCAGCUAAAACCCAAAAUACUAACAGAAGACAUAGAAAUCAGGGCUGAGUACUGCGGUAAGAUAAUCGGAAAAGGAGGAGAGAAUUUGAAGGAUAUCAGGGAACAGAGUGGUACAAGGAUACUUAUUAGUAAGGAACCUGUGGAGGGAAACGAGGAUAUACGACUCUGCUCAAUUGAAGGUACAAAAGAGGAAAUAGAAGUAGCAAAACAGCUGAUUGAUGGCAACAUACUAACUGAGAUAGAGAUACGAAGAAAAAGAGAACAUAGACAGGAAGUGAAGAAUUACCUGUCCAGCACUGUAAACGGCACUUCCUUAGAAUCACGUGAUGAGAGUGAUAAGUCACGUGAUAGUCAGAGUGAUAAGUCACGUGAUAGUCAGAGUGAUAGGAGUGAGGAAGAUGACAAAUGCUCACAUAAGAGUUACCCACUCCAAGACUCGUCAGUAGUGGCAGUGGAAGUGGCUCCUAGCCCUGAACCACAGCUUAUAUCUGAGUUUCUAGAAGAGGACCUGACAAGUGAUGCGGUACCUAGCCCUGAAGAGUGUUUUGAAGAGGACCUGCCUACUGUGGUAUGUGAGGAGAUAACAGCUACAGAAGCAACAGACCUGUCUAUGUUAGAACCUAGAGCUAGUUCGGGGUUUAGUCUGCAAAUGUCCUCAGAAUCACUGGUGCCAGAAUCUGUGUUCGAUAAAAUCAGAACUGAUUUGAGAAUUGAUGAGGACGUGGAAACGGUAUAUUUAAAGGACCAGAGAGACUUUGAUCCGAACAUAAUGCUUGACAGUGUCUGUCUACCUCCGCUAUCUCCAAUUCAAUCAGUAAACGAGGAAAUUGAUUCCGAGAGCCAGGUUACAGUAAUCGCCAGCUCCCUCUCUUCCAACAUCUCUAACCUCGCUACUAACGGGGGGUCUACUUGUAGCUCUACUAGCUCUCUCACUAGCAACCUAGUUAACGAACAGAUGACACUUAACCUCAAGUCAAUGCUAGGGAUUAACAAGAACGGCCACGGGGAGCUUGUGCAUGAUGAGCCCGGUACAUUACUACCUGAUACAUUACUUGAUAAAGCCUUGUUUGAAUGCUCUGUCUACUCUUACAAUCACGGUAGUGUAGAUAUGAGAGUGGAGUGGGAGGAGUUUGAGGGAGUGAUCACGUGUGCAAAGUGCUGCAGUCACGUGUGGAUAGUCAACAGACAGUCCAACUGCCUACCCAUCAUCAACAACAUGUUAUCAGAGUACAGCCAACUCUCUCCACUACACUCUGUCAAGAUGAAUCGAUUGUAUCUGUUUAUGGACCAAUCCACGGGGACGAAUUGCCGAAUAAUCACCCUACAGUCUAUAUCUAAAACUCUGGUAGAGUGUUACGAUGUGGACACAGGAGUUGUGUUUGCAGUUCCUAGAAAGUGUUUGACGGAGCUGCCCGAGGACCUGGCUGGACUGCCCCCUGCUGCUGUGUGUGUGAGUAUUGGAGCUAGUGGCUGUGGAAACGUGGCAAGUUCUGAGCUGAUAGGAAAAGUAGUUACCGUCACCCCUCGAGACAUGGGCGCUAACAAGGAAAUCAAGUACCCACGGGUCAAGAUACACCGGGACCAGAUUGUUUACAACAAUUACCGGCCCUACGUUUCGUCACCUAAACCUACUGAGGCUGUCUCACUUCCCAAUGGUUCUUCUUUAGUGUACGUCUCAGCUAUUCAUAACGCCGGCCACUUCUAUGUUCAGGCGUGUGGUAAGAACAUAUCAGAGCUGGACCGGUUAGAAUCAGCUAUGGCACAGCACUACGGAUCAGUGGAGACUCUUCCUCAGUAUUCCUGGGAUCCUGUCCCUGGACAGAUGUGCGGAGUUUGGCACACUUCGGAGCAGAUCUGGCUGAGAGGACAGAUCAAAGAGUUGGACAACUCCGACAUGCUCUACAUUAAAUACAUGGACUAUGGGGACACUGUCCAUCUCCCUCACUCUCACACGCGCAAACUCAGGGCAGAGUUUAUGGAGUUACCCUACCAAGCUAUAGAAUGCUUCCUUGCAAACACCAUCCCUAUCACGACCAGACAGUGGACCCCGGACGCUACAGCCAAGUUCGAUGCCUUGACCCAAUGUGGACAGUGGUACCCGCUAAGAUGUGUGGUAGUGGGUGAGAGACACGGUAAACCCUGUGUGGAGUUGUAUGAUCAGCCCUACAGUGAUAAGGAGUACAGUGUGGGUGAGUGUUUGUGUACAAUGGACUACGCUCGGAGUAGCAAGAUGGAGAUACCUGCAGUACAGACCCUCUCCACUCCCAUCCCUUCCUUCGCUUCCGGUGCGGCUUAUCUAGUUUCCCCUGAUUUUGAUGACGUUGACGACGAACUAGAAGAACUGUUUGCCUGUGAUGAUGACAGUGACAGCGCUGACAGUGAUGAUUUUCCUGUUUCCCGGGAAAACGUCUCCAACCUCCUACUCUCCCUAGGCAACCAAAUUACUCCCCAAAGUACACAGUGCAAGAAGAACAACCCCAAAUACAGACCUCAGACUUGCGGACAAGCCAAGAAUAACGCCUUCAUGGAGCGACGGGAAUCCACCGACUCCAACAAUAAUCCUUCAGAACAGACGACCCCACAACCACAGAGGAAGAACCGGUUCAGUACACAAGAAAGCAGUUCCACAUCCGACUCAGAUAACAUCUCAGAAUCUGAUCAGAGUAACUUCUACGAGACACCCCGGGGCAGUUCCCCCAAAAGCACCACCUCAUCCUACGCGUCAGCUGCCGAGUUUAACAACACAUUCGUAGCUCCCCUAGAUACGCCCUAUCAGAACAGUGUUACUCCUCUCCAUCUCUCCAGCGCUGAAGAUACAGACUGUGGAUGAGACAGUGUGAUAUAGCUCCCACUUAUGUGCCUUUAUUUCGUGCAGAGUGGACUGGUGGUGCACGUGCGGUUAUGUCACAGGAUAUUUAUAAUAUACUGCUGCGUAAUGUGUGCCUCACUCAAUAUUGGUUCAAUCUGUUACUUAAAUUGGGCACAGUUAGUUUCUCUAGCUCAUAUGUAGUCAAUAGGGGCCAACACUAUUACUCAUUGCUUCUGGCUUCAUAAACCUUCGUCGGAUAAUACGCGUAAUAUUGUUAAAUGAGAGGAUCUUGUUUUUUUUAAUGAUACUUCUUAACUUCUAGGUGCAAUUAACAUGUGCCUACAUAUCCAGUACAUACUGAUUUUAUAACACUUUGCAAGCAAGGUAGGUGGAAGCACAACUUUGCAAGCAAGGUAGGUGGAAGCACAACUUUGCAAGCAAGGUAGGUGGAAGCACAACUUUGCAAGCAAGGUAUAGUAGGUGGAAGCACAACGUAUGCUUGCGAUCUAUUAUCGCUACUCUGAUGGUCGUAAGUCGCUACGUACUGAUUUAUAGAAGCGAUAUUCUUAAGAUUCUUGAACUCGAGUAUACAGGAAAAGUAAUGUUUCCUUUUCGCCGAGGAAGCAGUGUUUAAGUUUUUGAUUUAAAUUCACAGAAUUGGAUUAUGGUUUCCAGUGAUUUUUAAGAUAUAUAACAUGUUAAUGAUGAUAAUUUAUUGAAAUUAUGCUUGUUAGUAUCAGAAAGCAACAUAUCCUCAGAAUUCAGAUUAAGUGUGGAACCUGUGUUAGUUUCUAUGUUUUUAAGUCUGAUUUCAAAUUUAUUACUCAGCCGUAAAUAAAGGUGUGUUCUUCGUUAAUCCUUGAAAAAUUUGUACUGAUUUCUUUGUAUUUCAAAUUCUGUUUUCUUGCAGAUCUAAAAUGUGGCCGUUGAUUUCUGCAUUUUCUAUUUUGAAUAUCUUCAAAAUCAAAUGUUAAAUUUUUUCAAUCAAAUUAAUUUAUUACUAUGUGAUCAUAUGUAUUUUGUACCGAUAUUAGUUAAUAAACUGUGCUAUAUAAUAACAGUUUAUUUAAUAUCAAAUUGUUGAACUUUAUUUGUGCAACGGAAGUUUCUACUCAAGUUAGCUCGAAAUUUAAAGUUGAUAUUCAAAAAACCAAUUUCACUAAAGUAUCCCAUUUCAUC